AAAUGUUUGCUUUUUUAGUAAGAGCUACUCAAACCCAUCAUUAAUAUUUAAGAAUGUAAGAAAAUAAGGGAUUUUAAGUACAAGAUGGUAAAAGAUAAGAAUUAAAUUGAAAUCACUGAAUGGCCAAAAUUGACUCCAAAAUAUAAAUACUCGUGUCAUAAUUCAGGAAGAAUUAACAGCUAAUAAUCAAGACAUUACCAUAAUUUACUAAGAAAACUGCAUGCUCACACAAGCAACUCUGAAAACUCCCAUUUUUGUGUAACACAAAUUUCAUGAAACAAGUAGAAAUAAAUAGGGCACAUUAAAUCUAGGGAAAAUUACACUUUACCCCCCAAAGUUUGGGGUCAUUUUCAAUUCGACCUCCAAUGUUUCAAUUUUUGCAAUCCACCCCCCCGAACUUGCCAAACUUUUGCAAUUCAGCCAUUCCAUCAGUCAAAGUGGCUUUGACUGAUGGAACAGUGAUCACGUGUGACCCACGUGAUCACUUUUGUUUUUUUUUCUUCCUAAAAUACCCCCAUCCUUGACUUAGCCGACUCCAUGGGAUCUUCAACUCCUCGCAGUCGAUCACAUCCAAAAGGGUCUUCUCUUCCUCAAACCUACACCCUCCCAAGAAAAAAAAGUAAAAGGCAGUGAGAGUGUCAUCGAUCACCUAAAGACCUCUCUAUCCCGCAUGUUGGAUAUUUCUAUCCUCUCGCCAGCCACUUAGUCAUGGUUGAAAAUGAUGAUGAUAAGACCACCUCUUUCUUUGUCGACUGCAAUAACCAUGGAGGAGCAGAGUUUGUUCAUGCAGUGGCAGAUGGCGUCACUGUGGCCGAUAUCCUUGAGCCCCUCUACGUUCCCGAUAUUGUCAACUCCUUCUUUUUGAUGAACAGGGUGUUGAACUGCAAAGGUGUUUCCAAACCAUUGCUGGCGGUGAAAGUGACUGAGCUCGUUGAUGGCCUCUUCAUCAGUUGCACUAUAAACCACAGCCUUGCGGAUGGCACCUCCUUCUGGCGUUUCUUCAAUACUUGGUCUGGGAUCUCUACGGGUUCUUCUAAUCCCACUUCACAAUCUCCUCCGAUCAUCGGAUUGGGUUUUCUCGAUGGUAUUAUCGAUCUCCCCAUUCGCAUUCCUUUCCAAUUCCAGCACAAUGAAAUUCAUGAGGAGGAGAGUUCCAACACUUCUGCACCUCUAAAACAAAGAGUUUUUUCAUUUUUCAAAGGAGAAAAUCCAACAACUUAA